AUGGUUAAACGCCACCUGGGGGGCAUCCUCACCGCUAUCAUCCGUGGUGUCACCACCCUCGGUGGUCUCAAUCUCUAUCCUGAAAGACUGCAACAAGCCGUCCUCGUCGAGGAUCUCGAUCCCCAGCUGCUCGGCUUUGGCAAGCUUGCUGCCGGCCUUUUCGCCGGCGAUCAACAGGUCGGUCUUGGCAGACACAGAGCCCGAGACUCGCACUCCGAGGGCUACCAACCGCUGUUUGGCCGCGGUUCGCGGCAUCGAGGUCAGGGUGCCGCUUUUCGAGCCGCUCCUGGUUGCCCGGCUGGGCGAGGAAUUCUAGGACGCUGGCCGCCACCUUGGGGCCGACCUCGGGCACUUCCUCGAGUUCCUCGGCGGUUGCCUUCUGCAACGCUUCGAUACAUUUUUAUUACCGGCGGGGUCGUUUCGUCCCUGGGCAAGGGCGUGGCCGCGGCUUCGGUGGGAGCAAUUCUCGAGUCCCGCGGCUUCACCGUCACCCUGAUGAAGCUCGACCCGUACGUCAAUGUCGAUCCGGGCACCAUGUCGCCUUACCAACACGGUGAGGUCUACGUCACCGACGACGGCGCCGAGGCCGACCUGGAUCUGGGCCACUACGAGCGCUUCACCCACGCCACCACCACCAAGCGGCACAACUACACCACCGGCAAGAUCUACGAGUCGGUGAUCAACAAAGAGCGCCGCGGCGACUAUCUGGGCAAAACCGUGCAGGUGAUCCCGCACGUCACCGACGAGAUCAAGGAAGGCAUGCGCAAGGUCGCCGGCGACCACGAUGUGGUGAUCGUCGAGGUCGGCGGCACCAUCGGCGACAUCGAGUCGCUGCCAUUCCUCGAAGCGAUCCGGCAGUUCCGCCAAGAGCUCGGGCGCAACAACGCGGUCAACAUCCAUUUGACCCUAGUGCCCUACAUCCAAGCCGCCGAGGAACUCAAGACCAAGCCGACCCAACACUCGGUACGCGAGCUGCGCGAGAUUGGCCUGCCGGCCGACGUGCUGUUGUGCCGGGUCGACCGCGCUCUACCCGACGAGUUGCGGCGCAAGAUCGCCCUGUUUUGUAACGUCGACAAAGAGCAGGUCAUCGCCGCCCGCGAUGUCGACACGAUUUACGAGGUGCCGAUCGCGUUUUGCCGUGAGGGCCUCGACGAGCUGCUGCUCGACCUGCUCAACCUGCCGCACUACGAGCGCGACAUGAGCCGGUGGGAAAAUCUGCUCAGCACCAUCAAGCACCCCAAACACACGGUGCGGAUCGGUAUCGUCGGCAAAUACGUCGAGAUGCGCGACGCCUACAAGAGCCUCAACGAGGCCCUGACCCACGGCGGCAUCGCCAACGAGACCAAGGUCGAGCUGGUCUACAUCAGCUCUGAGGAAAUCGAGACCGGCCAGUGGCCGACCGAGCUGCAGGAGGUCGACGGCAUUCUGGUUCCGAUCGGUUUCGGCAAGCGCGGCUCCGAGGGCAAGAUCAGCGCCAUCCGCUACGCGCGGGAAAACAAAGUGCCGUUCUUCGGUAUUUGCCUGGGUAUGCAGAUGAUGGUGCUGGAGUACGCCCGCAACGUCUGCGGGGUGAGCGACGCCACCUCGACCGAGUUCAAUUCUUCGGCCACCAACCCGGCGAUCUACAUGCUGCGCGACCUGCUCGGGGUCGAAGACAUGGGCGGUACCAUGCGCCUCGGUGCCUACCCUUGCCAUCUGGAAGAGGGUACUCUGGCGCGGCGGAUCUAUGGCCAAGCGGAGAUCAGCGAGCGCCACCGCCACCGCUACGAGGUCAACCAGAAGUACCUCGAAACCCUGACCUCGAACGGCCUGACCGUCGCCGGUAUGAGCCCCAACGGCAAAUUUGUCGAGAUGGUCGAGCUCACCGACCAUCCUUGGUACCUGGGCUGUCAGUUCCACCCCGAAUACAAAUCGCGUCCCUACGAGCCGCACCCGCUGUUCGUCUCCUACAUCGCUGCCGCCUUGGCCGAGAGCCAACGUCGCGCCAAAGCCAGGCCUGGCCAGAGCACCGGUCAGGAAGUUCAGCCGGCCGAAGGUGAGGCCGAACUCGGCGACGAGACGCUGCCGAUCAUCGCCGGCCCCUGUGCGCUCGAAAGCGAGCAGCUGGCCCUCGGUGUUGCCGAGGGAUUGGCGGCGAUGGCCCGACGACUGGAGAUCGGGCUGGUGUUCAAGUCUUCCUUCGACAAGGCCAACCGCUCGUCGAUCGACAGCUAUCGCGGACCGGGCCUGGAACGUGGUUUGAAAAUCCUCGCCGAGGUCAAACGUCGGACCGGACUGCCCGUGCUGACGGAUGUUCACCAGCCCCAUCAGUGCACACCGGCGGCCGAAGUCUGCGACGUGCUGCAGAUCCCCGCCUACCUCUGCCGGCAGACCGACCUGCUGGUGGCUGCGGGUCGGACUGGACGGACGGUGAACAUCAAGCGCGGUCAGUUCAUGGCUGCCGACGACAUGCCGCGGGCGGUCGAAAAGGUGCGCUCGACCGGCAACGGCCGGGUCUGUGUCACCGAGCGUGGUUAUGCUUUUGGCUACCACAACCUGGUGGUCGACAUGCGCAGCUUCGCCAUCCUCCAGGCCGAAGGCGUGCCGGUGGUGUUCGACGCCACCCAUUCGCUGCAGCUGCCCGGCGGCGGUAAACAAACCGGCGGCAAUCGCCGCUUUGCCGAACCCCUCGCCCGCGCGGCGGUGGCGGCCGGCGCCGACGGGGUGUUCAUGGAGGUCCAUCCCGACCCCGUGUGCGCGCUCUCGGACGCCACUACCCAGCUACCACCGGAACGCGCCGAGCGGUUGGUCGAAAGCCUGCUCGGUAUCUUCCACGCCCUGCCUGAGAACCCGGAUAGGGAGCGACGAUGA